CAAAGCCCGUGCUGCAGCGCGGGCUGGCUGCCGCAUGCGCAGUGCUUGCUGGAACGUUGCUCAGACAUGAUGGCAGCGUUAGUGAGGAGGGUGAUCAGCACUAGCAAGGCACCGGGGGCAAUUGGUCCCUACAGCCAAGCAGUGGUUGUGGAUCGCACCAUGUACAUUUCUGGUCAGCUGGGGUUGGAUCCUGCAACUGGCCAGCUUGUAACUGGAGGAACAGCACAGGAAGCAAAGCAAGCACUCAUCAACAUGGGAGAGAUCCUAAAGGCUGCCAACUGUAACUACAAUAAUGUUGUAAAAACAACAGUUUUGCUGGCAGACAUCAAUGACUUCAACAAUGUUAACGAGGUUUACAAGCAAUACUUUAUGACGAAUUUCCCAGCCAGAGCUGCCUAUCAGGUUGCUGCAUUGCCUCGGGGGGGCAGAGUUGAGAUUGAAGCUGUGGCAGUAUUGGGACCAAUUGUGGAUGGGGCUUUGGACCAGAAAUUGUGAAAUGGCAACUAUCACCAUGGAUACAUAAUAGAAGGAAAUCACUGAAUUGAUUUUACAUUUAAAAGUUCAACAUCAAUCUUGUAUGGAUCAAUAAUAUUUAAAUCAGGCUCACUUUUUAUCAAAACAAAACUAAUAUUGUUUUUCAAACUUUGAUCACUAGAUAUAAAGUACCAUUUUGCUGCUGAAAAAUAAGUGACUCUUUAUGGAUGAUUAAAGUUCUUUGCAUAAUAAACAAUGUGAAAUUAAA